AUGACACUCUCAACACACCAGGACCUCUCCGCCUGGGACGUGUCGGCCAUCACCACCUACAAUAUGUACCGGAUGUUCUACUAUGCCGCCUCCUUCUCCCAGAAGCUCUGCUCCGACGUGUGGAUCAACACUUGGAGCCGCGUGUACUAUUCGCACCGGCAGCAGGUCUUCAGCGGCACCUCCGGAGGGAACGACAUCACGACUGCCUGGGACGCGCUGCCCUCCAGCUUCCGCUCGAACCUGUACACCGUGCAGGGCGUCGCGACGGGCACGACGCACAUCGUUGACGGCGGCCACGACAUGUACGACUAUGGCAACUACAUGUCGGUCUCGAUCGGCGACAGCGAUUACGGGAGCUACCUCACUUACAACCAGCAGUGCGGCUCCGCUCCCAUCGAUGGCGACCCUGUGCCGUACUCAACGUGCAUGUACCCACACGCCUCUUUCACGCUCAUGUACACCCAGGUCCAUGCCACCUCAACAGCUCCCAGCAACUCGGUCACGGGCUUCCGGACGACGGGCAACAAUGGCGCCGAUGGUCACGGCAGCAAGCACGGCACAGGGUCGACCACGCCGCUGACGUCGGCCUCGGGCAGGUUCCAGGCGCACUACACGAAGGUUUAUUCUGCGGGUGACCCGAGUAUCAACCACCUCAUCGUCUACUCGAGCAGCGACCAGACCGCAUCGCACUCCUACUCUGCGUCGACUGACAGCGACGUGGACACCGUGACGUUCGGCGAGCCGCAGCACAAGGUGGUGUAUCUGCUGUGGGCAGGAACGAGCGGCUACAACUUCCCGACUAGCGACUUUCAGUCGGGGUGCUACCCAUCCGAGCCCCCAACGAAUCUUUGCUACUCGAAGUCCCUCCAUGGUGCGUCUUCUUACACCUUCCACUCCCGGUGCGACAACAAGGGCGCCACACUUACGCUCAUCCAGCUCAGCAAUGGCUACAAGCUUGCUGCCUACACAUCGAUCCCGUGGACCUCACGAUCUGGCUAUGGAACCGGCACCUCGUACAUCGCCUCGAUCACUCGCAAUUCGUGCCACCAGAACCGAUACUCGCAAUAUCAGAUCUACGACCACAACAUGUACGGGCCGACCUUUGGUGGUGGCCACGAUAUCUACAUCAAUUCUAACAUGAACGGGGGCUACUGCAAUUACCAUAGCUAUUAUGGGGCUGGCAGCAUAAUAUGCGGGUCGUAUAGCUCGUGGUCGAUCACUGCGCUCGAGGUGUACUCCACCGAGGCUUAG